AAAGUCUCCCUCACUCAUAAGAAGGUUUGUUGCAAACACAGUUUACACUACCAUGAUUUAUACUAUUCAGUGUGAAUAUUUUGCUUGUGUGUGUGGAGGGUUGUGUUUAUAUGGCUGCACAUUCUAAUACUUGGGUGCAUGCAGUGGUACUCCGUCAGUGCAAGCCCAAAGGCAGGGUAGGGUUAGCACUAUAACUGCAGCUGCCAUUCAGCAAGGUCAUUGGACAUUUCUGAGUGAUCUCCUGCGGUGUAAGAUAGCAGUUUGAAAGUCUUGGGGAAGAGUGGGUGGUUUUUAUACAACUUAGAUAUUCAUCGCUCCUUGCUGUCCACACUGUACACCUUCAGUGUAACUCUAGUAGUACAGAGCUGUGCCGGAAAGAAAUCGGCCUAAAACAAGAAAACAAAAAAAUGUGGUUGGUUUCUGUUGAGCCUUACUGAUGGCAUACAGAAGCAUAUGCACAUGUGCAUGCUCUCCACCUACAGAAUUAAAGAAGGGUUGUGACUUGUGCAACCCUUGUUUGGACAGAUUUAAGUGGAACUAGUGUAAAAAGAGUCUGUCUGUUGGGGAAGUUGGUAGCUUGGGAAGAUCAUGAUCUUAAACUGGGAUUUGUAACAUCCACAAGUCUCUGGUAUCCCGUACCUCCUGACUCAGUUUUUGUGCAGGAGCUGUGUAUCCUGCCUUAUGCCAGUAGAGGCCACAGUCACUACAGUUUCUGAGUAGUCAGUAGCCUCAGCGUUUUUGCUUCAAGACCAGCCUUUCUGGGAGAGAUGAAUUUUUGGCAGGCUACCGCACAAGGAAUAGGUUGGGUCACUGGGACAAUUCUAGAGGAAGCCAGAGGGACAAAACCGGGGUGCAGGGGAACUGAGGGAAAUGGGAGAGACUAUAAGUUAACAAAAGGACAGGAACAUUUUGGGGAAGGGCGAGAGAAGAAGAAAUAAGAAGUGAAACAGUAAAGACAAAGAGGAAGAACAGUAGGAGGAGGGCUGGUCCUUGAAACUGCUGCAUGAUGGGAGAAGCCUCUAUCUGGAAAGUGCCAACCUGGGCUUGGUCUUGUCCGCAAAUAUUUUUCACACAGUGCUGAACACAGCAUGCUUCCUCUUUCAAACUGCAACUGAAAUCUCGAUUCAGUUCAGAUGCAGAGGAACUGAUGCAGGGAGAGAGACGCUGAGGCAUGGGAUGACAUGGAGAUAGAACCAUUUUGGACCUGAAGAUCAGAUAGUGCUUGUGGUGUCUCCCUGUUCUGCCCCCAGCCUUUGGAUAAAAGGACAACUCUUGCCAGUAAAAUCCAAAUCCUGAUGUGAAAUGAGUACAGACUUCCACAAGCUCCUUUUUGACAUUUCUGAGGCUUUGGUCACAGAUGAACUCGCUGCUCUGAAGUUCCUCAGCCUGGAGCACAUCCCCAUGAGGAAGCUGGAAGCCAUCCAGGAGCCCAAGGCCUUCUUCGAAGUGCUGCAGGAGAAGGACAUGAUUGAGGUGGGGAGCCUCUCUUUCCUGAAGGAGCUGCUCUACCGGAUCAAUCGGAUGGACCUCCUGGCUACCCAGCUGGGCUGCAGCCGAGAGGAGAUGGAGAGAGAGCUUCAGAUCCCAGGCAGGGCAAAGGUGUCAGCCUACAGGCAACUGCUAUAUGGAAUUGCAGAGGACUUGACUCCAGAAGAUGUCAAGAGCAUAAAGUUCCUGCUCCAAAAACAAAUACCAAAGAACAAGCUCCAGGAUAAUGCUUCAAUGUUGAAGGUCUUAGUGGAAAUGGAAAGAAACGGGAUAAUUAAAGAAGAUGACCUGGCAAUGCUGAAAGAUAUAUUAAAGGGAUUUAGAGCUGACAUAAAGAAAAAAAUUGAUACCUAUGAAGAAAAAAAAAAAGAAAAUUAUUCUAAGGAAAAACUCCACUAUCCAGUGUCUGUGUCUGUGCAUACAGCAGAACAAGGAGCAGAGGGGGAGACACCACACCUGCUUGUGGAAUCAUAUAAGAUGAAAAAUAACCCCCAUGGUUACUGUGUGAUUCUUAAUAACUACAUUUUUAAAAAUCCGUAUGAAGCCAGAGAAGGAACAGUGAAAGAUGGAGAGGCUGUGAAGAGGGUCUUUAAGUGGCUUCAGUUUGAGACAGUUGAGCACAUGGAUCUAGAAGCAAAGCAAAUGUAUGCAAAAGUUAAAGAAUACAGCAAAAAAGAUCAUAGUAACAUGGACUGUUUUGUUUGCUUCAUUUUUUCCCAUGGUGAAAAAGACAAAAUAAAAGGCAUUGAUCAUGAGCUUAUAAAUAUUAAAGAUUUACUCUCCUGCUUCAGUGGAUCUAACUGUCCUUCUCUUGCUGGCAAACCCAAGCUGUUUUUCAUCCAGGCUUGCCAAGGCUCUGUAGGUCAUCCAGCUGUCACAGUAAAAGAAGACUUUUCCAGCCAUCUUGAGACAGAUGCUACCCCUCUGACUUCCAUUCCUGAUCAGGCUGAUAUUCUGGUUGGCAUGGCUACAGUGGAAGACUAUGAGUGCUACCGCUGUACAAAGACUGGCAGUGUUUACGUUCAAUGCCUCUGUGACAAGAUGGAGUCGCUUUGCCCACUCCGCAAGGAUCUCAUAACCAUCCUGACAGAAGUGAACAAGGAAGUGGGAAGAAGAGUAUUAAAUGGAUGGAAGCAGAUGCCAAAGAUAACAUCAACCCUACGGAAGCAAUUGAUCUUCCAAAUUCCACAAUGUUAGUCAACUGAAAAGUAGAAAAAUAGGAAUACACUCAGUUGGGAAUCACAUCUGGAAUGGGCUUCCACAGGGAAGAGAGUUUGCAAGAGAAAUUAUCUGGAUCUAUGUAGUUAGCCCCAGUCCUACCAGGGGCCAUGGGACCUAAAUUUUCCAAUCCCAUGUUUAAUCAGUCUCCCGGCACCUGGAUCUGUAGCAGUCCGGUAAGGCCGUGGAGGAGUACAGAUCUGGAUUUCUGUCCUGCAGAAGCAGCGGAGGCUGUUCAGUCUGGGUUUCAAGAGAGGAAGCACUUCCAGAUAGUGUGAUUUUUAAGAGUUAUUGGAAAUGGCAGUGGAAGUCUUAUUUCUGUCCGAGUUGUUGUAAGUCCCUGAAAUCUGAAGAAAAGAACAGAUAGAUUCAGAAUGCUAGAUCCCUUCCCAGGGAGCAUGUGUAAGAUUGUUAACUGAUUUACCCAAAGGUGAAUCACUGGCUGUCUCUGGAAGCUGUAUAAUUUUUCGUGGAAAAUAACAUCCCUGUCCAGAAGGACUGAAAAGUGAUGAUAAUACAAAUUUUGUUCUUUUCCUCCAAAUAUUUAGUUUGCUUUAUAUUACUAAUUUACUUGGCUAAACAGCACUGCUGUUUAGGUUUUUUAAUUUUAAGGGUUCUAAUUGUGUUUUUUCUCAGAGCUCUUAGGGGACUGUUUUGAAUGGCUGUCAGCCACUGGAAGGAAGGUGCUGCUCUGUUAGAUCCACUGCUCUGAGAUGCCUUCUCCUGGCAACUGACUCUAGCUCCUGUGGACUCUUGUUUCUGUUGUAAUAAAUACUCUUUGUUU